CCCUCCCGGCGCAUCAGGCUCUCGCUCCCUGCGAGGUCUGCUGCUCCCUGCUGCUGCGAGGUCUGCACACCUAGCGACCAACUUCUAUGGUUCCUACUGGAUGAUUCUGACAGAAGUGGUGGUGGUGGACCGGCCUGAGGUUCUGAUGUGGGACAAGAAGCUGGGUGGAGUGAGGUGACGGGGACCCGGGACCACAACAAGCAGACUUGGCCACCUCAGUACAAAUGCCUCCACACCCCCUUCAGUUGGGAUGGAGGCCAAAUUGUCUGCUCGACCUGGGAGUCAACAUUCACAUCCACACUGCGGGCAGGGUGACCUCUGCAACCUCUGCACUUGGGCUCUGCUGGAUGAUUUUGCACAGAACAAAGAUGCUGCUGAAUGGACGUGUUUGCCAGUAACUUCAGGGAACAUUGAGGGUUUGCACUGAGAGGCUGUGGCCGUGGAUCCUGAUUGCCCUUCUGCCAGGAAGGCACAUGCGGCCAAAAAUGAAUUUGGGAAAAGCAGCCACUUGCUCCUGUAACCAUGGAAAAGCAGGGCCGCAGUGAGAUGGAAAUAAUCCGGUCAGAGUCGCACUCCUACAUCAAAUUGUUGAAGGUCAACCGGGAGCAUCUGGUCACUCACGUCCGCAACACUCAGUGUCUGCUGGACAACUUGUUGCAGAAUGAGUACUUCUCCGCCGAAGACGUGGAGAUCGUGUGUGCCUGCCCCACGCAGCCCGACAAGGUCCGCAGAAUUCUGGACCUGGUGCAGAGCAAGGGCGAGGAGGUGUCCGAGUUCUUCCUCUAUGUGCUACAGCGACUCACAGACGCUUACGUGGACCUCAGGCCUUGGCUGUCGGAGAUCAGCUUCUCCCCUUCCCAGCUCAUUCAGAGCAAAGCUGUUGUCAACACCGAUCCAGUGAGCAGAUACAGCCAGAAGCUGCGACAGCAACUGGGCCGCGACUCCAAGUUCGUCCUGUGCUAUGCCCAGAAGGAGGAGCUGCUGCUGGAGGAGAUGUACACGGACACUGUCGUGGAGCUGGUCGACUUCGGCAACGAGAGCCUGGGCAGCCUGGGCAGCCUGGCCUGCCUCCUGGACCCCUCCACGGGCGUCCUCAACGAGCAGGGCGAGACCAUCUUCAUCUUCGGCGACGCGGGCGUGGGCAAGUCCAUGCUGCUGCAGCGGCUGCAGAGCCUCUGGGCCGCGGGCCAGCUGGACGCUGAGCUCAGGUUCUUCUUCCACUUCCGCUGCCGCACCUUCAGCUGCUUCAAGGAGAGCGCCUCGCUGUGCCUGCAGGACCUGCUCUUCAAGCACUACUGCUACCCGGAGCAGGACCCCGAGGAGGUGUUCGCCUUCCUGCUGCGCUUCCCGCACACGGCCCUCUUCACCUUCGACGGCCUGGACGAGCUUCACUCGGACUUCGACCUGAGCGGCGAGCCCGACACCUCCUCCCCCUGGGAGCCCGCCCACCCCCUGGUCCUGCUGGCCAACCUGCUCAGCGGGAAGCUGCUCAAGGGGGCGCACAAGCUGCUCACGGCCCGCACGGGCGUCGAGAUCCCGCGGCAUCUCCUCUGGAAGAAGGUGCUCCUGCGCGGCUUCUCCCCCAGCCACCUGCGCGCCUACGCUGGGAGGAUGUUCCCCGAGCGUGCCGUGCGCCAGCGCCUGCUGGAUCAGCUGGAAGCCAACGCCAACCUCUUCAGCCUGUGCGCUGUGCCCCUCUUCUGCUGGAUCAUCUUCCGGUGCUUCCAGCACUUCUACGACACCUUCGACGGCUUCCUGCAGCUGCCCGACCGCACGGUGACGCUGACCGACGUCUUCCUGCUGGUCACCGAGGUCCACCUGAACAGGACGCAGCCCACCAGCCUGGUGCAGCAGAACACGCGGAGCCAGACGGAGACCUUCCGCGCCGGCCGGGGCACCCUGCACUCGCUGGGCCAGGUGGCUCACCGGGGCAUGGAGAAGAGCUUCUUCGUCUUCAGCCAGGAGGAGGUGCAGGCGUCCGAGGUGCAGGAGGGGGACCUGCAGCUGGGUUUCCUGCGGGCCGUGCCGGAGCUGGGCCUCGGAGGGGACCAGCAGUCCUAUGAGUUCUUCCACCUCACCCUCCAGGCCUUCUUUGCUGCCUUUUUUCUGGUGGUGGACGACAAGGUGGGCACUCGGGAGCUGCUCUGCUUCUUCCAGGAGUGGGCUCCUCACGGGGAGGCAGCAGCUGCGUCCUGCUGUCCCCGCUUCCUACCCAUCCAGUGCCUGAGGGGCCGUGGCCUGGCCGGGGAAGACCCCUUUAAGAACAAGGAUCACUUUCAUUUCACCAACCUCUUCCUGUGCGGGCUGCUAUCCAAAGACAAACAGAAACUCCUGCGACACCUGGUGCCUGCCGCCACCCUGCGGAGAAAGCGCAGGGCCCUGUGGGCUUACCUGUUCGCCAGCCUGCGCUCCCACCUGAAGCACCUGCCCCGAGUUCGGUCUGGGGGAUUCAGCCAGGUGCAGGCCAUGCCCACCUUCAUCUGGAUGUUGCGCUGCAUCUAUGAGACGCAGAGCGAGAAGGUGGGGCAGCUGGCGGCCAGGGGCAUCUGCGCCAACUACAUCAAGCUGACCUUCUGCAACGUCUGCUCGGCUGACUGCAGCGCCCUCUCCUUCGUCCUGCACCACUUCCGCAAGCGCCUUGCGCUCGACCUGGACAACAACAAUCUCAAUGACUAUGGUGUGCGGGAACUGCAGCCCUGCUUCAGCCGCCUCACCGUCAUCAGACUCAGUGUGAACCAGAUCACCGACAGUGGGGUGAAGGUGCUAUGUGAAGAGCUGACCAAAUACAAAAUUCUGACAUUUUUAGGCUUAUACAACAACCAAAUCACCGAUGUCGGAGCCAGGUACAUCGCCAGAAUCCUGGAUGAGUGCACAGGCCUCACGCACCUGAAACUGGGAAAAAACAAAAUAACAAGCGAAGGAGGAAAGUGUCUUGCCCUGGCUGUGAAGAACAGCAAAUCCAUCUUUGAAGUUGGGAUGUGGGGCAAUCAAAUCGGUGACGAAGGAGCAAGGGCCUUCGCAGAGGCUCUGAGGAACCACCCGAGCUUGACUAACUUGAGUCUUGCAUUCAAUGGCAUUUCUACAGAAGGAGGAAAGAGCCUCGCAUGGGCCCUGCAGCAGAAUGCGUCUCUGAGAAUAUUCUGGCUCACCAAAAAUGAACUUGAUGAUGAAGUGGCAGAGAGCUUGGCAGAGAUGUUGAAAGUCAACCAGACGUUGAAACAUUUAUGGCUUAUCCAGAACCAGAUUACAGCCAAGGGGAUUGCCCAGUUGGCAGAUGCAUUACAGAAGAACACUGGCAUAAUGGAGAUUUGCUUAAAUGGAAACUUGAUAAAGCCAGAGGAGGCCAAAGUCUUUGAAGACGAGAAGCGGAUUGUCUGUUUCUGAGGGGAUGUUUUCCUGUGGGUGGGUCUUGGCCGUGGGGGUGACUCUGUGCAGUUGCCUGUCUUGGAUGUCUGAAACAUCCAGCGUCUGCCGAGGUGGAGCUUCCAGGAUUCCUGCCUUCGUGGUGCAAAACGAGCUCUGUGCGGGCACUCUGAUUGGCAGAGUCCCUGAGUAGCUGUUACAAUUCUGCAGGAAAAGUAUGAGCUGUUUUAGUGACUGUAAACAUACUCUGAAGAGAUGUUAAUCCAUGAUUAUUUUAAUCUGAAAUUAGAGGAAUGAGACUUUGAGCUCAUAGAAACGCCUGCCCAAAGACCAGGGAGAGUGAGUCGGUCACUGCCGCAUUCAAUGAAGAGCUGGGGACAUGGUGCAAAGUUGGUGCCAUGUUUCUUGGGGAAAAGGUGCUCAACGAACAAAAGUGUUUUACCUGCAAUGUUCUCUUCCUCCUCAGUACUUCCCCAUGUGUUGAUAUUAUUCCCACUUCAGAACUGUGGAUACUGGGGGGGGGUACAGUGUGGGGAUCUGACUCAUCCAAGGUUCUGUAGGGACUUGGUGCCAAAGGAAGGACCCGCCAUGGGCUUACGUCUUAGUCCUGGAGUCUCACCGUCUGCUGACAAAGAUCGCAGGAUGCCCUCCUCUUAGCCAGUCUGAGGGACAGGACGAUGCCUUCGUAAUGCUGAGGCUCCACUCAGGGCUUUCGUGGGUCGGGGCUGACCUUCGGAAGACUGAUGCUGUGGGCAGAGGUUCUCUGUCCCAGGAAGAAGAAUCAGCGCCGUCCUUCAAAAGGAAUAAGGCCUGGCUUGCCCAUGUGGCUCCGGCAUCCAAACAGGAGCUUCUCUCUCUCUCUCUCCUGCCCUUUUGAGGAAGGGAAGUCUCUUCCUGCCCUCGAGCAGUUGUGCGAGUGACUGAGUUGGAGGCAACGCAAGCCGCUGAGAACCCAGCAAGCACGUCAGACCCCUGCCACCGUGGCGGGCACCUGGUGGAUGCUAAAUGGGGGAAAGGAGAAGGUUUCACCAGAGAACUUGUUCUUUUGGCAAUUCAUUUGUUAGUAAAAUACUGAAGACACUCA